GGCCGCUUAGCUGCGUCAGCUACUACUCACCGUUCAACAUGCCAUAAUAUUUCAUUCUUUCAUAUCAAUGAUUGCUUUGAUGUCAAGAGAGGACGUCAUGAUGCCGUCGCUUUGCGAUCGCCCAGAUGAGGUUACGAUGACCUCAAUUCCAUCUAUCUAGUGCCCAUAUGAACAACUACGCCUACUACAAAGGUAACUUGCAUCUGCAUCACUAAUCUUACAAUUACUUCAUUUUAUACAUGCACAUCAUGUCCAAGUAUCCGCCUUCGAAACUGACCGUCGCUCAAAGCGAAGAGGAGUCUAAAAACGUUGACGUCGUCAAAGAGUACAUGCGCAUCAGCUACUCCCCAAAAGAAAACACCGGCCGCAAUAGCGUCCAGCACCUCGUCGCAGAGAACGCCACUUUUACAGCACCAACCACCUUCCCCGGAUGCCACACCCCCCUCGAUUACGCCGACUCGCAUUCCCAUGUAAUGGCUGCCGUCGCAGACCUGCACAUCAAGUCCUACGAUAUCAUAUUUGCAAAAGGGGGAAUGGUCUGCUUGAGGUAUUCCGCCGAAGGGAGUCACUGCGGCAAGGAACACAAUGGUAUCCAGCCCACGGGCAACAAAGCUUCCUGGACCGCCUCGGCGAUAUUCGAGGUAGAAGAUGGGAAAGUGAAGAGCUUCACGAAAGAGUGGGAUAAGCUGAAUAUGUGGAAACAGCUCGGCUGGAUGAAGGGCGGCCAAUACGUCUAAAUGAUGGCCUUGGAUCUACAGUGCCUUGCCGAGGCCAUCCGUACGCUUUCCUGCUACUGCCUGUGAAGCUUCAGCGUACUAACAGAAAGCAGGGAAGUUAGGUGCACUCCCAAUCUUUGUACACUCAGUUAACGCUGUCUGAGGUAGCCUCGCAAGUUUACUGGUUGUCCAAAAUGCCGAAC